UUUAGCAUUUACAUUAUCGCGCCCUCGCCUUUAACAUGGCAUCACGAAAGAAGUUGCGAACGAUAUGCAAUAGAUGGCACUAUUUAAAUUUUUAAUCGAAUCAAAACCGAGAAAUUAUUUAUGCAAUACUUGAUGUAUUUAUGCACGUAAAUCUGACAGAAUUUGUAACAAUUCGAUCGAAUGCUUAUAAAAUAUGGAUAGGGUAAUGUAGGGGAUAUAGAACGUAGGAUACCUCAAGUAAUUCAUACUAAAACUUGUUUAAUGAUCCAAUUACCAAAUUUCCAAAACAUUCGUAAAUUUUUAGUUUAUUAAAAAUAAGAACGCUGAAUUAUCAUUUGCUAAUUUCAGAUUAUAAAUAUUACAUGAUAUACAGGUUACCAAAAUGUCAUCGAAUAUUUCGGUAGCAUCUGCCUCAACAGAAUCGUCAGAUUCUCAAAAAGAAGAUGAUACGAAUAAAGAUUUAAAGGGGAAAGAAGAAUCCAGUCUUUGCCCUUUUAAAUUACUAUGGUCCUUUGGUUUAAAUUCGGAAGUGCCAGUAAUAAAUUUAACUACCCAAAAUCGAACGAUCAUUGCAUAUGCCUGCUCCCAUACUGUAAUAAUCUACAACUACGUUACGAAGGAAGUGGUUAACCUUCAAGGACAUCAAAAUGCAGUGAAAAGAAUAACAGCUUCAGUAGAUGGAAAAUGGCUUCUGUCAGCAGGUUUUGGAGAGGACUGCGUGCUUGUUGUCUGGGAUACUGAAACUGGUGUACCAGUUUGCACUUUAUUUAAUCCACACGGCAAAUACGCGAUGACCGCAGCAAGAAUCAGUCCAAACGCUAAAUAUAUAGUGACCGUUGGAAAUGAAAUACAGCAAAGAGUCCAUUUUUGGCUGUGGACGUACGGGAAAGACGAACCUGACGGCGUUCUGGAGUUAACAGAAACUGUUACGGACAGAGCAAAGACCGUAGCCUUCAACGACGAAGUUUCGGAAGAAUUUGCUCUAACUGCUGAUUACAAUAUUAUAUUCUGCAAGUGGAGCGGACUCGUUAUAUUGCCGUUCGUAGUUUUAUUAUUGUGGAUACGUUUAGGAUACGUUAUGGUCUGGAGUAUGGCUGCGGGCGCAGAUAUUACUGAAAGGAAACACCUCAAAUCCGUACAGCUCCAUAAAUGCAGUAUUACCGUCCUAGUACAUCACGACGAUCUGGUAGUUCUCGGUACGGCGGAGGGUCGAAUUUGUUUCUACGGUCUCGACUUGAGAAUACUUUACUCCUAUCAAAAUCCUUAUAUGAACUGCAUCACGUCGAUUAGUUUCGAACUGAGAUCCUCAUUACUGGGUCCUGUAUCCAUAGUCAGCGAAUCUGAACUCGAAUUUAGCGAUGAAGAACAUAUAGAAUAUGAAGGAGAACUUGAGAUUCUCUCCGAAAGUAAAUUACAAGAGCCCAUCUGCGACGAGAAAAUAAAAUAUUUAAGAAAACUACAAUCGAUAGAAGCGGAUGAAGUUUCCUCUUCGAUGAGUAUCAACAUGGAAACCACGUUCAAGGAUCAUAAUAAAGGCAAAAAGAAGUUUAGGAGACCUACCGGACCUACAGAUGCUACUCUUGAGGGUGCUCCAUUUUACACCAGCCAUUUUAUUGUCAGUUCAUUAAAUGGAACAGUUGCACUAAUUGACAUCCCCGAAUUAAAGUGCAAUUUUAUUUUCCGACACGUGAGCGGACCAAUUACCAGUUUAGAUACGCAUCCGCGAAGUGACUUCAUAGUCACCGGAAAUAUUCAUGGUGCAAUAACACUAUACGAUUACAAGAAGUGCAAGCUUAUCGUAUCCCGAAAGUCUCCUCCUCUUCCAGACUUCAAUUUGUUGUUUGACAUACAAGUGAAAUGGGGCAAUAUAAUUUACUUCACGUGUCCACAGAUCAACGAGAAAGCAACUGCGGUUACAGUACUGAAAUAUUCGCCAGUAGGUGACCUACUCGCUUGUGGCCUUGAAAAUGGAACCUUGUGGAUGUUGCAUCCCGUCACUCUGGAUCCACUUGACCGAAAUCCUUACAAGCAUUCCUCGGAAUCUAUACAAAAAUUGGUUUUCACAGAAUGCGGAGAAUACAUGGCUUAUUCGGAUAACACAUUGGUGGUAGCAGUUUUCAAAAAGAAUCACGCAACGUAUUUUAACUACAUAUAUGAUUUCCUUGGAAAAUAUCAUGUCCAUCAUGCAGACGUAAGAGACUUACUUUUUGGACCAGCUACUUCCAGCAGCGGUGUACCGCGAUUGUUUUCAUUAGGGGAAGAUCAGAAUUUAAUCGAGUACAAUCUUAAAGAAAGUGGUCCAUAUCCUGACCCUGGUUUACUGAUAGCUGAAAUCCAUAAAAUCGAGUAUACUGCAACACCCCUUUGCCUUAACUGGUACCCUGAGUUGGGUGUUGAAAGAUUUUUAAUGAUUUCCAAUUCGGAGUUCAAGUACAAGCUGCUGAACGACGUCACCAAAAUGAACCGAGGAACAUUCUUGGGACCUCUUUUUAAUACUCCAGUUCGGUACUUGAAGGUAUUACCUACCAAAGAGCUUAAAGGUGGAGGUUAUAUGGUGUUUGCGACCGAAAGAGAAAUCGGUCUCCAAAUAUAUCCUUUCGACGGUAAUCCUUAUAAGAUUUUGGGAAUGAUAGGCCAUCCACGAAAGAUUACUAAUCUUUGUACUAACAACGAUGGUAGCAUAUUGUUCACUUCUGGCGACAAUGAUCCGUGUGUGUUAAUGUGGAAAAUAAAAUGCAGAGCCGUUGACGUAAUAGCACACUUGGGUGGUGAAGGACUCGAUCCAUAUUAUUGUCUGAUUCAAGGCGGUAAAAAGGGUUGGCUUUUUAACGAAAUGAGAGACCUUUUCUACUACGCCCAAAUAUUGCAACAGGGAGAAAACACUACAGCCACUAGAAUUGUAUCUGAGAAAGUAUCCAUCAAACAGAUACCGAAUCUGAUGCGUGCCGUUGGUUAUUAUCCUAGCAAUGAAGAAAUAGAGCUCCUCUUGGCAGAGAUUUCCUACAAGAAUUACGCGAACACCGGUCAAAUGGUUGAAGAGAUCACGUUUGAGGACUUCGUGAAGUUUUAUAUAAACCACCGACCAGCUGCAGGAAUUUCUAUGCGCCAGUUACAGGAAGCUUUUCAAACUUUUGCGAAUCCACAUGAAAAUGUGUUUUUCCACGAUGAGAACGCGGCCUUGUCUCGAGGACAGUUUAUGAAAAUACUGUUUGGCGAAGGCCCUGACGGAAUUGUGAAAGAUGAUAACGAUCUUUUUGGAGAGCCAUUGACACCUUAUGAGGCAUUUAUAUUUUUGAAAUUUUUGAUGACUUCCGAUGAUCAUAUGGAAGACAUGUAUCUUCGAAAUGAUGCGCGAGCACCGUCGGUGGAAUUCUCAUUCUUACCACAGGUCUUUCUAUAAUUAAAAUUAUCCAAUUAAAUUUUAUCGACUUCAGUGAAAGAUAUAAUUCUCUUUAAUAAUAUGGGGGAAUGAAUAGUUAGUAUUUUCCAAGAAAAUAUUGAUAAAAGUUAACACGAAUUAGUGCACCGUAUGCACCAAGGGAAAAGUAUCAGUGGGUCAUAAUUAAUGAAAAAGAAGAUUGAUCGUUUUAGGCUCGCCGAAAGUAAUGUAUUAUUGUUUUAUAAUACAGAAGAUAUCUUACAAAGAUUUCAUCGCGGACAUCAUGGGUAUCGAGUCGCCGGAGGAAACGAGGGCUGACGAUGAUUAAGUAAUCUGUGUCAUUACUUGCAUUGCUGGCACGUUAAUGUCGAUUAUUAAUUAUUAUUAUUAUUAUUAUCGUUAUUAUCAUUAUCAUUAAUUAUUAUUAUCGUUACAAUGUACUUGCGAGUUCUAUUAAACAUGUACGAACACUAUAACGUAUUUAUCUGUUUCGUUUGUUGCUUGAAGCUUAAAUAAAAAAAAUGGAGAAAAAGGAAAAAGAAAACUCAACGACUGACAGACCCAAUUUCGAAGUUUAACAACCGCAUUUCGAUCGGUAAAACGAAUUAUUCCUAGAUCAGAUCCUUCCUUCUCGUUUUUAAACGAAUUUCAUUGUUUCAGCCAAUUGUGGUACGAGCUCAGCAGCAGUCGACUAUCGUUCGAAGAUCAAACAAAAACAAGCAACAAAAUUGAUGACAGAACAUUGUACAAACGUUGUUCGCUUUUAAUCGAAAUUUAUAUAAAUAUGUUCGCUAAAUA